ACACAACACACUUUAGUAGAACCAUUACAUUGUCUUACUUUCAGCUGAGAUGCAUAAUCACUUCUAGUUUGUUGCAGACAUCUAACAAAAAGUUUUCAAAUUAAUGUUUAAGCCUGUUUAAAAUUUUUGUAAUGGGAAUACGUUUAACAACAUGACCCGUGUGCUCAAAACUAACUACUAUUACUUAUUGCUGGAAAGGGUUUAAUCCCUGGAAAAUGGGGCUAUAUUAAUUGUUUGCAUUCGUCAAGGGACAUGGAUUUGGAAACCUUAAUGAAUCUUCUUAAUUUCUUCAGUUGUUUCAUUUCAACGUGGAGGAGUAGGGAUCAAUUUAAAAAGUUUUUAUUUUUAUUUUUUAUAUAAGGACUAAAUUGAAAAUCCGCUUUACGUAUUAAGGAAUUAAGGAUUAAAUUAUAUGUUUAAGAUCAGGUUUACUCAUUUUAGGCUAACACUGAUGAAGUUUUUUGACUGGAAACACUGAUGAAGUUAAAAACAAAAACUUUGCCCAUUGAUAGAAUUUAGUUAAUUUAAACCUGUAACGUGGUAGGGAAAGAAAGCAACAAACCCAUGUCAUAAACACGCUUGGAAGGUUUGGCUGAGUGAAGAAGGCUGAAAGAUAAAGAAGGGCCUCUGGACAAGGUGAAGGAGAGACAUCGUCAAGUAUCAAGCAAAGUGAACAGAAUAAGUGGUAUGAGAUUAUGAGGUCACUCCUUAACUUCUUCAUGUCACAACCAAAAGGAUGAUUAUAAGCACAAAUAGAACAUCCAUCUCACAAUAGCCACAUUGAGGCGGUGGAUUUCCAACACCACUCACUAAUCACUACCAUAUACUGUACUAUACAUCUUAAUAGACAAGAGAAAAGAAAAGCAUAUUUGAAGUGUGAAGUGUAUGGGUUUAAAACGAUAGAACCAAAACCCUAAUUUCACAACUUUCCCGAUGACGAAGGUUUACGGCACGGGGUUAUACGAUUUCCGGCGCCACCGCGUGGCAGAGUACCCCGUGGCGGCGCCGCCAUCGGAGUCGAAAGCGGAAGUUCCAAAGGCAGGCGGCGGCGGCGGCUUUCCAAGCAGCAUCACUCUGUCGGAGAUUCAGCGCGACCGGCUGACGAAGAUUGCGGAGGCGAACUGGUUGAAAAGCGGCGAUGCGGCUAGGCCGAAGAAGGACUUCGACCCUGAGCUAGUUCGCAAGAUCUACGAAACCGAAUUGUUAGUGAAAGAGGGUUCCAAACCCGUUCCCUUGCAACGUGUCAUGAUUCUGGAGGUUAGCCAGUAUCUGGAGAAUUACCUGUGGCCUCAUUUCGACCCUCUCGCUGCCACCUUCGAGCAUGUUAUGUCCAUCAUCAUCAUGGUCAACGAGAAGUUCCGAGAGAAUGUUGCCGCUUGGACUUGUUUCCAUGAGAGGAAAGACGCUUUCAAAGUCUUUCUCGAGAGGGUUCUUCGCUUAAAGGAGGGACGAGAACUAAGUAUAGCAGAGAAGACGAAUUACCUAGUUUUUAUGAUAAAUGCCUUUCAGAGUUUGGAAGAUGAGGUUGUUAGCAGGACAAUCUUGAGACUGGCAAAUUUGAAAUCUUGGUACAGUUUGUCUUAUGGUCGUUUUCAGAUGGAGCUUUGUCUUAAUCCUGGCUUGGUCAAGAAAUGGAAAAGGAUGAUAAAGAAAGAACCUGUGAAAGGGGGUGGAUCACAUUUAGAUCCCUUAACUAAAGUUGAAGUGAUGUUCGUGAGAAACCUCAUAGAAGAAUUUAUGGAGAUACUGGAUUCACAGGUAUUUCCCCAGAAACAAUUAUCUGGUGAGGACAAUGAACUUAUUGAUGCUACUGGUUUGGGGCUACUUAAUGAUGCCUGUGUCCUGUACUGUGAGAGGUUUAUGGAAUUUCUAAUUGACCUCUUGAGUCAAUUGCCAACAAGGAGGUAUUUGAGGCCUCUUGUGGCUGAUGUAGCUGUAGUUGCCAAAUGCCAUUUAAGUGCACUCUAUAGGCAUGAAAAGGGGAAACUUUUUGCCCAGCUGGUUGAUUUACUGCAAUUCUAUGAAGGGUUUGAGAUUAAUGAUCAUACUGGAACACAGUUAACAGAUCACGAGGUUCUUGAAUCUCAUUACAGCCGAAUGCAGUCAUUCCAACUACUUGCAUUUAAAAAGAUGGAAAAGCUGCGGGAACUUGCUUUGACUAACAUUGGUUCGAUUCACAAGCGUGCUAAUUUGACCAAGAAAUUGUCUGUUCUUUCUCCGGAGGAGUUGAGAAAUUUUGUUUGCUGUAAGCUUAAACUGGUCUCUAAGGAAGAUCCCUGGUCAGAGAGGGUUGAUUUUCUUAUUGAAGUAAUGCUGUCCUAUUUUGAGAAGCAACAAUCUCAAAAAGAAGCUAUUAAUGCUCUUCCUCUUUAUCCAAAUGAGCAGAUUAUGUGGGAUGAAAGUGUUGUACCCAGCAUAAAUUACUCUGGAGAAGGUUGUUUAGCAUUGCCCAAGCUGAACUUACAGUUCUUAACACUUCAUGAUUAUCUUCUUCGAAAUUUUAAUCUUUUUAGACUUGAGUCAACAUAUGAGAUACGUGAGGACAUUCAGGAAGCUGUUCCACAUCUUCUUGCAUAUAUUAAUAAUGAUGGAGGAACUGCUUUUCGUGGUUGGUCAAGAAUGGGUGUGCCAAUCAAAGAAUUCAAAAUCACUGAAGUUAAACAACCUAACAUUGGAGAAGUCAAACCAUCAUCCGUGACUGCAGAAGUUACUUAUAGUGUUUCCAGUUAUAGAGCACAUAUUAGAUCAGAAUGGGAUGCACUCAAAGAGCAUGAUGUAUUGUUUUUACUAUCUAUUCGCCCAUUAUUUGAGCCUCUUAGUGCCGAAGAAGAAGACAAAGCUAGUGUUCCUCAGAAGCUUGGCCUACAAUUUGUUCGAGGUUGUGAAGUUAUUGAGAUUCGAGAUGAGGAAGGAAACCUUAUGAAUGAUUUUUCUGGAAAGAUUAAGCGUGAUGAGUGGAAGCCACCAAAGGGGGAACUGAGAACAGUAACUGUGGCUUUGGAUACAGCACAAUACCACAUGGAUGUAAGUAACAUUGCUGAAAAAGGGGCAGAAGAUGUUUAUGGUACAUUUAAUGUGUUGAUGAGGAGGAAGCCAAAAGAAAACAAUUUUAAAGCCAUCUUAGAAUCAAUAAGGGAUUUAAUGAAUGAAUACUGUAUUGUUCCCAAGUGGUUGGAAAACAUUUUUCUUGGUUAUGGGGAUCCUUCAGCUGCACAGUGGACUAAUAUGCCUGAUGUAUUGGAGACAGUAGAUUUCAAAGAUACUUUUGUUGAUGCUGAUCACUUAAAAGAAAGUUUUGUGGAUUAUGAGGUGUCUUUUGUUAAUUCUGAUGGCUCAGAAAAUUUGAAUCCAAGGCCUCCUUUUAAGAUCAAGCUUCCCCGAACACUCAAACCUAACAAUGGUACUCUUACUGGGCAUGCAAUGUCUACUUCCGGUGCAACAAAUGAUAUCAAUGUGGUUGAUGCAAAUUAUCAGAAAGAAGCACUAGUUAUUGAGACAUAUACUCCUCCAGAUCCUGGCCCCUAUCCUCAAGAUCAGCCCAAACAAAAUUUAGUUAGAUUCACACCCACACAGGUUGAAGCAAUCAUCUCUGGCAUUCAGCCUGGUCUAACUAUGGUUGUGGGGCCACCUGGUACAGGAAAGACUGAUACAGCUGUACAAAUUCUAAAUGUUCUUUACCAUAAUUGUCCUUCUCAGAGAACCUUAAUAAUUACUCAUUCAAAUCAGGCUUUGAAUGACCUGUUUGAGAAGAUAAUGCAGAGAGAUGUUCCUGCACGUUAUCUUCUUCGACUUGGUCAAGGAGAACAAGAGCUAGCAACUGAUCUUGAUUUUAGCCGGCAAGGUCGUGUUAAUGCAAUGCUUGUUAGACGGUUAGAAUUGCUCAGUGAAGUGGAGAGGCUAGCAAGAUCUCUUCAAUUGCCCGAGGAUGUGGGUUACACUUGUGAAACUGCGGGAUACUUUUGGUUGCUUCAUGUUUAUUCACGCUGGGAGCAGUUUCUUGCUGCUUGUGCUGAGAAUAAAGAGAAGUCAACAUUUGUUCGAGAUCGUUUUCCCUUCAAAGAGUUCUUCUAUGAUACACCACAUCCUGUAUUUACAGGUGAGUCUUUUGAGAAAGACAUGCAGGCUGCUACGGGGUGCUUUCGUCAUCUUAAGAACAUGUUUCAAGAACUUGAAGAGUGUCGGGCAUUCGAAUUACUUAAGUCAACAGCUGAUAGGGCUAACUACUUAAUGACCAAGCAGGCUAAGAUUGUGGCAAUGACUUGCACCCAUGCAGCUCUAAAGAGGAAAGAUUUCCUCCAGUUAGGUUUCAAGUAUGACAACUUGCUAAUGGAAGAAAGUGCCCAAAUUUUAGAAAUUGAGACUUUCAUUCCAAUGUUACUCCAGCGGCAGGAGGACGGUCAUGCACGGCUUAAACGCUGCAUUCUGAUUGGUGAUCAUCACCAGUUGCCUCCUGUUGUGAAGAAUAUGGCUUUUCAGAAGUACAGCCACAUGGAUCAAAGUCUAUUUACAAGGUUUGUCCGAUUGGGCAUUCCUUACAUUGAGCUAAAUGCUCAGGGAAGAGCCAGGCCAAGUAUAGCUAAACUUUACAAUUGGAGAUACAGAGAUUUGGGAGACCUUCCUUCUGUAAAGGAGGAAGUCGUAUUCAAUAGGGCAAAUGCUGGAUUUGCUUAUGAUUAUCAGUUAGUGGAUGUUCCAGAUUACCUUGGUAAGGGGGAGACAACUCCAUCUCCUUGGUUUUACCAAAAUGAGGGAGAAGCCGAAUAUGUUGUCAGUGUCUAUAUAUACAUGCGUCUUUUAGGGUAUCCUGCAAAUAAGAUAUCAAUUUUGACUACAUACAAUGGUCAGAAACUUCUCAUCCGUGAUGUUGUAAAUAGGAGAUGCGUUCCAUACGAUUUCAUUGGUCCUCCAAGCAAGGUUACUACAGUGGAUAAGUUUCAAGGUCAGCAAAAUGAUUUUAUAUUGCUAUCUAUUGUGCGUACUCGAUUUGUUGGUCACCUACGUGAUGUAAGAAGAUUGGUUGUUGCAAUGUCACGUGCUCGGCUUGGUUUAUAUGUUUUUUGCCGUCGUUCCCUUUUUGAACAAUGCUAUGAGCUGCAACCUACAUUUCAGCUGCUUCUUGAAAGACCUGACCACCUUGCCCUUAAUGUGAAUGAGAUUACAUCAUAUACUGAACGAAAUUUUGAAGAUCCUGGACCUGGACAUCAUGUACAUCUUGUCAGUGGCAUUGAGGAGAUGGGUAGUAUCAUAGACAGACUGUAUCAGGAAAAGUUGAGACAUCAAUUUGAUCAAAAUGGGCCUUAUUUGAGUCAUUUAGAACCAUCAGAAAAUACAGAUGGGAUGCAAAGUGGGCAGCAGACUAUGGACACUGAUAUGCCUGAACAAACAGAGGACGACAUGCCACAUAAAAUCAAGGAAGCUACAACUGUUGAUAAUGUAACUGGAUAUAACAACGUGGAAGAUGUUACCAUGGUUGAUAAUAGUGAUGGUGUUGCAAAUGGGAACCCAUCGCCAUAGAAGCCCUUCAAAUGAGGAGACUGGUGUAGGUGCUGCUAAGCAAGCAUUCAUUGCACAUUUGAUUUUUGUUUUUGUUUUCCAGUUAGUUACAUAACUGGUGUGGUGGGUCAUGGCGUUUCUAUGACUAGAUUAAUCAAUGCCAAAUUGACAAGAUGUAGCUAUAGCAAAUUAGAUUUUAAAUGUAGGUCAGGUGGAGGAAUUCGUGUUUUGUAUGUACCAAUUGUAGUCAGUAUAUUUUACCGAAUCAAUUAAUCACUAAUCCACUUUCACUCGCA